UGGUAGUCUGGGCAGUUGUGGCUCAAUAGUUGCAAUUUUCAGGUAGCUGUGGCCAAAUAAGUCCGAUGGGCUGUGGCUUGAGCAUCUGCUCCGUCCCCAACCACGCCGACGCCACCCUCACGGUGAAUGGCGGAAAGCACGUGGCGCACGUCUGCUUUGCUGUCUGCCUCCGUGCCGACGUUUUCCAGCCCAAAUACGCGCGCGAACCACCCGGUUGCGUAUCGUGUGGAACCCGGCCCUGGCGCGAACUUUUACGGCAAGUACGGCGUGGGCACCCGGUUCACAGGCCGGAACAUGAUGGGCCAGCAGGAGGUGCUCACCAUCAAGGAGAUGACGUACCCCACGCGGAUCACGUUCAACGCAGGCCCAGUCGACGUCGAGCACACCUUCGAGGAAGUGGGCCAGGGCGCUGCGAACAUGAGCCUGUCGAUGAAGGGGCCCAAGAUGGGCCGUUACCAGAACCACAUUGGAAUGCAGCUCGAGACCAUGCGGGCCUUCAUCGAGUUGAACAUCGAGCAGAUCCUCGCAGCAAAUCCACUCGACACCUCGGCGCCCGCCGCGGAAGGGGACUACGUGGAGACGGACCAGCAUAAGAUGGCAAUGGCGGCAGCGCAGAACAUGUAUCAGCAAUCGCUGGCACAGUCGGUGGCCCGGGCCGCCCGCCGAUGACGCUGAUCGAAGUCACGCCGUCUGCCCCGGGCUCGCCGUGCGCGUGUGCGCGCGCGCCGCCCGAGUGCCACGCUUGAGGUGUGUUGGGUGGAGCCCACGGAUACCAAACGGGUGCCCGACACAUGAU